AUGGCAGAAAGAAUACUACAAGAUAUAGCUGAACAAAAGAAGCGUCUUACAAAAGCGCAAAUCAGUAAAAACACGGCAGAGAAAGCAGAUGCCUACUACAAUCUAGGCACUGCUUAUUACUUCCUCGAGGACUUCCAUCGAGCAAUAGAGUACCUCAAGCAAUACCUGAGCAUUGCUGAGGAAGUCGGUGACAGAGCAGGUGCAGGACGUGCCUAUGGCAAUCUCGGCUGUGUUUACAGAUCCCUCGGUGACUCUCAAACAGCACUAGAGUACCAGAAGAAAAGCCUGAGCAUUGCCAAGGAAGUUGGUGACAGAGCAGGUGCAGGACGUGCCUAUUGCCAUCUCGGCUGGGCUUACCAAUCCCUCGGUGACUCCCAACGAGCAAUAGAGUACCACAACCAGCACAUCAGCAUUGCCAAGGAAAUUGGUGAGAGGGCAGAAGAAGGAUGUGGCUAUGCCAAUCUCGGCGAUGCUUAUGAAUCCCUCAGAGAAUUCCAACGAGCAAUAGAGUACCACAAUCAACACCUCAGCAUUGCCAAGGAAGUUGGUAACAGGGCAUGUCAAGGCAAAGCCCUUGCCAAGCUCGGCUUUGCUUAUUGCAGCCUUAAUGAAUUCCAAAGAGCAAUAGAGUACAACAAUAAAUACCUCAUCAUUGCCAAGGAAGCUGGUGACAGGGCAGGGCAAGGGCAAGGCUAUGGCAUUCUCGGCAAUAUUUAUUUAGUUCUCGGCGAAUACCAACGAGCACUAGAGUACACCAACAAAAGCCUCAUCAUUGCCAAGGAAGAUGGUAACAGGGCAAUGGAAGGCGAAGCCUAUUCCGUUCUCGGCCCUACUUAUCUCAAACUUAAUGAGUUCGAACGAGCAAUGGAGUGCCACAAGAAACAGCUGAGCAUUGCCAAUGAAGUCGGUGACAGAAGAGGAAAAGGACUUGCCUAUUUAAACAUCGGCGAAGUUCAUAAUUCCCUCGGCGACGUGCCACGAGCAAUGGAGUACUACAAGCAAUCCCUAAGAAAUGCCGAGGAAAUCGGGGACAGGGAUGGACAAGGACAUGCCUAUUGCCACCUCGGAAGUUGUUAUGCACGUCUCCACGACUUCAAGGAAGCAAUAGAGUGUUACAAGCAACACCUGAGGAUUUCCGAGGAAAUCGGGGACAGGAAGGGAGAAGCGUGUGCCCAUGUCGGUCUGGGUCAAUCUUUUUUGCAUUCAUAUUCCUUGAAUGAGGCUUUAGAACAUUUUAGAUGCAGUGUAAAAGUCUAUGACACCAUUAGAGCCAGUUCUAUCUCGGAAGAUGAAUUGAAAAUAAGUUUCCGUACGCAACAUCAAUUUGCCUAUACUCAUUUAUGGUACGUUUUAGUAAUGCUUGAAAGGAAUGAUGAGGCCUUAUACGCUGCUGAGAGGGGACGGGCACAGGCUUUGCUCGAUGCCUUAAAAGUAACUUAUGGCCUUACAUCACCUUCUCCCAGGUCAAUUGAAUCUGAAGAAGAAGUCAGAAAUAUUUCAAGGAAGACAACUGCUUUAACAGUUUUUCUGGCCCUUCAUUUGAAAACAGUCAAUAUCUGGGUGUUGGGAAAAGAGGGCAACCCUAUCUUUAGGCAAGCAGAGAUAGAAAUUGGUUGUGAACACGAAGAUUCCUUUACUCUCCUUUUAGACACUGUUUUGAAAAACAUUAGGGAUGGCGUCGGUAUUAGGUGCGAAAAUCGGUCAAUGGAUAAGCUGAGUGAUGACUCAACUCCCUCAAGUACUCGAGAAGACAAUCAAACAUCGGAGCCAUCACAGGAGACCACCGACUUUUUACAGCCAUUAUAUGAUGCAGUUCUUGGUCCCAUUGAAGACUUGCUUGAUGGUGAUGAACUAAUUGUAGUCCCCGAUGGUGCUUUGUGCUUAGCUCCCUGGGCAGCCUUAAGAGAAUCGUUAAGAAUCCGUAUGGUUCCCUCACUGAGAAGUUUGGAAGUCAUCACAGAUUCGCCAUGUGAAUACCACAGUCAAAGUGGAGCCUUAAUUGUCGGAGACCCAUGUUUGGAGAAAGUUACAAAUAAAUGGGGCAACCCCAUUUAUGAGCAGCUGAAGUACGCAAGAAUGGAAGUGGAGAUGAUUGGAGAAAUUCUCGAAAGUCAACCUUUAACAGGUAAAGAUGCAACCAAAGAAGCGGUACUUCAGAGAAUCGCGUCAGUUGCUUUGGUUCACAUCGCAGCCCACGGAAGGAAGGAGACUGGAGAAAUUGUUUUGGCUCCAAACCCCCGAUCGGGAUCCAAGCCUCCUACGGAGGAGGACUAUAUUUUGAAAAUGUCUGACAUACAAGCUGUUAGGCUGAGGGCGAGGCUUGUUGUGCUUAGUUGCGCCCACAGUGGUCAAGGAAAGGUAUCGUCUGAGGGUGUGGUCGGUAUGGCGCGUGCUUUUUUGUUCGCUGGUGCUCGUUCCGUGCUGGCGGCGCUUUGGGCAAUUGAUGACGAAGCCACAAUGAUGUUUAUGAAGUCUUUCUACCAACAACUUGGAAGUGGAGAAAUUGCAAGUGUUGCUCUUCAGAGGGCCAUGAAAUGUCUUCGAGACUCCCACGAUUUUUCUGCCCCGAGGUAUUGGGCUCCAUUUGUUCUGAUUGGUGAUGAUGUUAAGAUUGAAUUGAAGAAGAAACAUUGA